AUGUCUGACGAAGUUUCCGACUUUUUGCGCUCAGUUGAGCUACUGAAGGAGAGGCGAGAAGAGGAAGAUGAGGCCCGAUCACGCGAGCUGGAGGAGAAGAUUCUUCAGGAGAAACGGGAACGCCAGGCUCGCCGCGCAGAACGCGCAAGAUCAAUCUCGCCGCAAAAGUCGUCACCCGCAAACACCCCCCCACCAACCGCAAAUCGUGCUGGAGUCCUCCCGUCCACUGCCGACGGCACGAGCCUCGAAUCACCCGUACUUGGGAGCUCUAGUAGCCCCAAGCCGCGCACUGCCGACCUCACGUCCGAUAUCAUAAAUACCCCGACUGCAACCGAGCCCUCGAGCUCCCCAACCAAAGAAAACGAUUCUCCGUUCGAUUCGGACACCAAAAGGAGCAGCGUGAAUCCGGGUUCGCCUUCAAUAGGCAUGCCUGCACGAUCUCCUUUGUCUUGGCAGAGGCGGCCGACCUCUCAAGCUUCCGAUCGCCCCAAAAGCCGCCCCCUCUCUAUGGUCGCCGCCGAGAAUGCCGCCCGUACCGCCCCGAGCGGCACGGAAGCCGCCGAACCGUCAGUAUCACGAGACCAGAUUGCGUUAACUCUUGCCGGAAAGGACCCCUCGUGGUUUCGCCAAACUGCAGACCCUGGGCGGGGAUCAGGUGCCUUCAGGAAGAAUCAAAUAGAAGAUAAAGACACGGUGGAUAUGCCUACCCUGCGCACUCAGCUCCCCGGCAUGACGCGAGAGUUGGCGCCGGAGCCCCCGAAAACAAGUACAACGGCCCGACCGGUCACGCCCACCAGCCCGUCCAACAAACUCAGCUCCGGAUUUCCCUUGGCCGGUACCCCGCGUCUGGACCCGCCAGCCAGCGAUGGUGCCCAGGAAGAAGACACGACCGCGAGCCACCGUCAGUCGAUUACAUCGCCAGGAGGUCGGACAUCGCCCACGAGGCCGGUCUCGCCCACCAAGGGCAUGGGAGGGUUUGUGCAGAGUGCCAUGAUGAAGCGGUCUGACAGUGUGAAGCGGUGGAGUGUCAACUCUCCCGCGGGCUUGCAACGAGUCGACUCCGUUCGAUCCAAUGCAAGCAAUCUCGACGGCGCACAGCGGCCCACUACCCCGAAAUCCACCACGCGCCCAAAAAGCAUGCUUCGAGAAUUCUCCGACGUAUCCGUGUUUGCUGCAGGCGGGCAGGAUGAGAAAGUAGUUGAGCAGCAAGAAUCCCCAGCCCUGGAUCGGCCAUCCACGCCGACCGGGCCAAAGGCAAAAGAGGACACCGAGCAGAAACCGAGUUCACCCGUCAGUCCUUCCAAGACGAUGGAUACUCGGCGGUGGAGCCCGACAAAGAACUCAAGCUGGCUCGGUGCCGCCUUGAACAAACCCGAGUCUCCGAAAGCGAAGCCUGCCGCACCUGCGCCUGCGCAACCGGCGUGGAUGGUCGAGCUGAACAAGACAAAGGCGCAGAAGGCAACCGCUGACUUGGCUCGCACCACCUCCCAGCCUAAGAAGACCGAGGUCAAAACUGGUGGACUUAUGAGGUCCACUCCCAUGGGUGCAAGCCUGAAGCCUAGCGUGUUAGGUGGCUUUCCCGUCGUGCCCCCGAUUUCGACCGCAGACAAACAACCUGUUGAUGCUUUUCGCGGGAAUCUCCGUCGAGCAUCCCCGACGGCUGAGGACCCCAGCGAGUCCCAAGGGGACCCGGCCGCGGUUGCUAAACCUCAGCCGGAAGCCCCUGCAACGAAAGAUUUCCGCGCCAACCUCAAGCCCCGGGCUCCUCCACCUGGGCCCAAACCUGAGGGCUCUGCCGAUGAGCUGAAGAACGUUGUCGGAAGCCUGCGGCGGACGAAGACCCAGAACUACGUGGCACCGGAUGAGUUAAAGGAUAAUAUCCUUCGCGGGAAAGCAGCACUGAAUCUUACAGGCGGACCUAAGAAGACGGAGAGGAAGGACGAGUUUAAGGAGGCCAUUUUGAAAAAGAAGGACGACUUCAAGAAGGCACAAGAGGAAGGUCGGGGUAUAACCCGGGAGCCGAGCUCAGCGAGUGAGAAGAGUGUUCCUGAGGGGAUUGCAAAGAAGCUGCAGUUGCAGCGGACGGGGACGUUUUCUAAGCAAACUUCGGCUACUCCUGACUUGCCUCCAGAGAGUCCUGCGGUCUCCCUCUCAAACCGGUCUAGCCAUACUUCCACUCGCUCUCGGCAUGAUAUUCCCACCUUGGCAUCUCGUGAGGCCACCAGCGAGGCCAUCACGAACCCAGCCCCGCCGAUCGCGCCCCAGAAAACAGGAGACGCCCCAAGUCUAACGGGAGGUAAAAUUGGCGGGUUGGCGAAUCGUUUCAACCCAGCGUUGGCCAGUCUCAUUGCGAGAGGGCCUCCAGGCGCGGCUGUGGGGCCGAAAUCGUCGGCAUCGACGCCUGCUUCUGAUGCGCAAGGAACAACAUCCACCGAGCCCCCCGCGCCGGGGCCGCAGCUGACUCACAUGACGAAGAACCGAGCCCGUGGUCCUAAGAGAAAGGCUCCAACUUCUGUCGCGGCGUCCGUUGCGCAGCCCAAGGAAGAACCUGUCCGAGCUGCUGCCGAACCCGAAAGGAAAUCAGCCUUCUCGCCCCCGGAGCCAAAGAAGAUGACGGCAUUCCCACCACUCGACCAGGCCGAGCGUAUUCCUUCUCCCAAGAUGGAGCAGACACCAGUCUCUGCAAAAUCUGAGGCACCCGUGGUUUCUCCUAAGCCGGAGAAAUUCACCACCCCCGCUUCUGGGACCAUGUCGUUGGCGGAACGCCGGAAGUCGCUGAUGCAAAACAUAGCGAAGCCUACAAGCGAGGUAAUCUCUCUAGUGGAUUCAUCCCGGCAUAUGCCUAAGGAGGAGCCGAAGCCUGUUGGGGAGCCUAUCGCUAUUAUUGAGUCUACUCCGGCCCCUAUCAAGACCCGUGCUCGUUCGCCAACCAAGGUGCAUGAACAAGUAGCUGCUCUGGCUGCUUUGACCGGACAGUCACCCAACCUCGCCGAACCAAGCCCCGAGAUUGUUUCCCAGCCGUCGUCGCCCAAGAAGCUGGAUAUGAAACGGAUGUCGAGGUUCAUGGAUGAAACGGCUCCCGAGAGCCCGGCAGUCGAACCCGUCAAGUCGCGGCCAUCUUCUCCCGUCAAAGAUCGAUCCGACUCCGUUUCGGGGCGCCCCACGUCUCUCGUUCGGGAGCGUACCAAGUCUAUUACAGGACGGCCAGUCUCUCUUGCUAGAGAGCGUGCCGAGUCAAUUACAGGGCGGCCGAUAUCGUUGGUUAGGGACCGCGCCGACUCCUUUAGGUCAAGAUCGUCGUCCCCAGUCAAGGAACGUUUUCCUGGGCUAGACAAACCCUCCUUGAAGCAACAACAAGGGAAUGAGCCAGUCGAUUUGAAGCCUGCGCUUCCCGUUAAAACUGGUCCCUCGUCGUUUGGGGGCACCGGCCUGGGACUGACACAGCCGGUCGUAGCCCCCACACCAAAUAUCCCACAGCCUCAAGAGGCGGAACAACCGCCAGCUCUCCCCCCGAAAACGUCGCGACCGCUCCCGGCACCUCCCCCGUCACAGCGCGCUCAGCUUAUCCAGCUCACCUCAGAGGGCAAGAAGAUCCCUGUGCCAUCACACUACGAACGAGUGCUGUUCGAGCGGGAGAUGUAUCUCUGCCCGCAUACAUAUCUCGAUCCAACGGGUAGGAAGGUGAACGAGGUAUACUUUUGGGCGGGUGAUGAGGUGCCCGAGUCGCAGAUCGACGACGCCCACUUAUUCGCCGCGCGUGAGGCCCGGGCUCUUGGCGGCAGGCUGGUGAAGCUCACGCAGGGCAAGGAAACGUCCGGAUUUCUACAGGCACUGGGCGGUAUCAUCAUUGUCCGCCGGGGCUCAAGUAACAAGUACGAUUCACUGGCACCCAAUAUGCUCUGCGGUCGGCGGUACCUAGGCCAGGUCGCCUUUGACGAGGUCGAUUUCUCCCCGCUGAGCCUGUGCUCCGGUUUCCCGUAUCUCAUCACGCAACAGGGGAAAUGCUAUCUCUGGAAGGGUAAAGGUAGCGACGUGGAAGAACUGGGAUGUGCCCGGCUCGUGGGCAUGGAUUUGGCGCUCAUGGGGGAGUUGCUCGAGGUCGAGGAGGGCAAGGAGUCGGCGAGUUUCUGGCAAAUUUUCGGCGGCAGCACACGGCCAAGCUCCGCAGACCACUGGCGGCUCAAGCCGAACUAUGACAAAUACUGCGGCAGGUUGUUUUGCGCCAGCUCAACCGACAAGCACCAGAGUGACCUUCACCCUUCGCACAUCUACGUCCUCGACGCCUUCUUCGAGCUCUACAUCAUUGUCGGCGCCCGCUCUCAACACCAGUAUGCCGCCUUCCGCAACGCUCUCGAUUUCGUUUCAGAAUAUUCGAUCCAUGCUGCUACCAUGGAGGACCGUCCGUUUAUGCCUACCGCGCACGUUGUGCUGGGGGGAAUCCCGCGGGAUUUGAAGAGUGUGUUCCGGAAGUGGAAGGAUGGGAACAGCCCGACGAUGAUUAUGCCUGUUAGCGGUGGGAGUGGAGGUGCCAAUGGUAGCGGUAGUGGGACAUCAAGUCCGUUGAAGAGGGCGCGGAGUUUGCGGGUCGUGCCGUUGGCGCAUGCGUUGCAGGCUUUUGCGGAUUGA